AUGAAACCUUCCAACCUCAGCACAGCAUAUCUUACUCAAACUGUUGAGGAUGCAAAAACUUUUUUAGAGCUGUAUUUGAGGGACCAUGUUGCUGGAGAAGAUGUGCUGAAGAAUGCACUCUGGGAAGUUGACAACUCUGAUCCUCAUGAGAUGCUCUCAUUCAAUCCCUUACAUGUCAAUGACAUUGGUAACUGGGGCAACCACCUUUUUGGGGAGCUCAAACCCCAUGUGAAGACACUUGGUCAUGAGGCUGAGGUGAAAAUUGCUAAACAGUAA